CAUUUCUCAUGUAAUUGCUUUUGAUUAUGAAAUCUAAGUUUCUCUUUUCCCUCAAUUUUUUUUUUAUCAUGUCGAUAAACGGGUACCCCAAAUUCUUCAUUAACGACAACAUAUGAUAACCCAAUCUCCCAUUGAGUAAAUCUUGAAACCCCACUUAACCGGGGUUUUGAAGUCGUACAAGCACAUCGGCAGAAAUUCCGCUACAGAUUUCCAAAAUUAAAUAAUAAUUCCAGUUCUUGCUCCCUUUGAUCAAAUGCCUUCCAAUUCACUGUCACUCUACUGGAUUACUGGAAGAAGAUUAUCAAUUUGGGAGUUUAUUUCUGUAAUUGAUUCUUGCAGAGAAGCUGCUGAUUCUUGUUCAUCAAGUACUUGUUCUUUCCAUUUCUGAUGUGGAAGUAGAAUCUAUCAGUGUAGUGUAUCAGUGUAAGCGAUGGGUUGUGUUUAUGGUAAAUGUUGUAAGCGACAUCAUGGUAAGGCGAAGGAAAAUGGUGUUGUAUAUGGUAAAUCAGGUGUCCAAGGAAUACCUGUAUUUUCUGAGAGAUCAUUGGAAAGUAUCCCUGUACCUUCACACAACUACAGUUUGGAGUACUCUGUUCUUACGCAACGAGGGUAUUAUCCCGACUCACCUGACAAAGAAAAUCAAGAUAGUCAUUGCAUUAGGACACAUUUGUGUGGUAAUUCAAAUAUUCAUUUCUAUGGAGUGUUUGAUGGACAUGGGCAAUUUGGUGCUCAGUGCUCUAUUUUUGUGAAGGAUAAGUUGGUAGAGAUCCUGUCCAGUGAUUCCACACUGUUACAAGAUCCUGUAAAAGCUUAUAAUGAUGCUUUUCUUAGAACGAAUGAGGAAUUGCACAAAAGUGAUAUAGAUGAUGCAAUGAGUGGUACGACAGCAAUUACUGCUCUUGUUAUUGGGAAUAAACUAUAUGUUGCAAAUGUGGGCGACUCUAGGGCUGUGAUUGCUCUUAAGAAGGGAAAUCAGAUCGUUGCACAGGAUCUAUCUCGUGAUCAGACUCCAUUUAGGCAAGAUGAAUAUGAGAGGGUGAAAACUUGUGGUGCUAGAGUUUUAAGUGUGGAUCAAGUGGAGGGUUUGAAGGAUCCAAAUGUACAGACAUGGGGUGAUGAGGAGACUGAAGGCGGUGAUCCUCCAAGAUUGUGGGUUCAAAAUGGAAUGUAUCCUGGCACAGCAUUCACACGGAGUGUUGGAGAUAGCACAGCCGAAAAUAUAGGUGUUAUAGCUGCUCCUGAGGUAUCAGUGGUUCAACUUACACCAGAUCAUUUGUUCUUCGUUGUUGCAAGUGAUGGCGUCUUUGAGUUCCUACCAAGCCAGGCGGUUGUUGAUAUGGUUUCAAGUAACGAAGACCCUCGAGAUGCAUGUUCUGCAAUAGUAGGAGAGUCAUACAAACUAUGGUUGAUGCAUGAAAAUCGUACUGAUGAUAUUACGGUCAUCAUUGUGCACAUCAAAGGUCUUUCCAGUUCAAAUAUAGGAACCACCGGUGAAGUGAGCAAGGGAGAUACAAAACCAGCUGCAGUGAGGUUGAAAAGUGCUGCUUCAGACGUAUCUGUUACUACUAAAUCGGACGUAUACCAGCCAGAAGGAAGUAGUUUAUCAGAUCAGCAUCCUUUUCGACCUGUUGAUCAAAGUGCUGUUGUUCCUCCAUUGAAUUCUCAGCCAGCAUAACGAUUAAGCUGCUUGGUUUAGAUUGGUUUCAAGAAGCGCUGCAUUUUUUUUGUUGAUCUCCUCAUGAAGUGGUAAAUGGAACUGAUUGUUAAAAACAAGCUACAGACAUGAAAAUGCGGGAUCUUCUGUCCGAAAAAGUUCCUUGGGAUAAUAAUAAUUUGUCUGGCCAGCUAAUGUUUGCUUGCGGGUUAUUUGGGAGCAAAGUUACCAUUUCUUUGAUGAAGUGGGUUUGUGGGCGGUAUUUUGCCUUCAUCUGAUUCUCUAUACCACCGGCAACAUACCUACAUAUGCUUCUUAGUUUCAUGUCUCGAGCAAGUUAAAGAUUUGGCACUUGAGCAUAGUGAAUCAUGUGAGAGAAAAUCAUGUUUGACAACCAUGGUUUAAGUAUGAAAUUAUGUACUAGUAUUAGAAUUGGUGGAUUGUCGAUAAUUGAAGUCCACAAAUUCAUGGUUAUGAUUACUAAUUUUCACUGUAAAUUUCCCUGUACAACUCUGGAUCUGAACAUUUUGCUGGUAUAUCCUUUUAUGCUAAGACAUGUUAAGGAAUCCUUAAUGUAAUACGGAGUAUCAUUGUCAUUUUAGUUUGUA